UCCAGAUUUCGAAAUUCACACAACAUCCAUGUCAACGAGAAAGAAGACAUCAGACUGGUCUCUUUUACCGGAGGAGAUACUUCAAAUUAUCUCCAAAUAUGUGGAGGACUGUUUCGAUGUUGUUCAUGCUCGCUCUGUUUGCAACUCGUGGCGAUCCACAUUUCCUUUUCCAUCUUCCCUGUUACGCCCAAGUUACUCUCUUCCCACAUUCGACGAAGUCACUCUCGAAAGCAAAGACUUGUGCACCCUCGAGAAGGUCCCUUUGUUCCUCUUUAGACCCCGAGCUCCAACCAUUGCUGCUAAUUCGUCAUUGUCUUCUCAGUAUUUUCUGGGAGGAAUAGGCCGAGAUGAUCAUCAUAUGGAUCUUCCAUCUCCUCUUCAAUGUUCAGUGAAAGUGCAGAUCCAAGGAUAUGAUCCAGCUCUUAUGAACAUGGUCGACUGCCAGAUCCUCUCUCUAGGCCAUCAGUACAGAUUGAUCAGUUGGGAACCUAAAGGUUAUAGAGGCGUGGCGUUUCUUCCGCUAAACAAGGAGGGAAGAAGAGGAGAGUUCGUUGUGAUCCUCAACUACACUAAUGUUUUGCUGGUGUUAACAAGUGCUGAAAUGAAGUGGAAGCGGCUUGAGAACGUUCCAGUUGGUUCUGUAUGCUCGGAUUUAGGCACUUUUAGAGGCAGGUUUUAUGCAUCCUUUCUUGCCAGAAGUACUUUCAUCAUCGAUCCUUAUUCCCUGGAGGUGACUCUCUUGAUGCCUUCACCUCCGAAGCCACUAAACUAUCUAGUUGCAUCUGGCGAUGAUGAACUUUUCCUGGUUGAGGUAACCAUCCCAAUGUUUGAAGAAAUAGAUUUUAGCCGGUUUACUUGUAGAGUGAGUAGGCUAGAUGAGGAGUGUAGUAAAUGGGUUGAGGUGCGAGAUUUGGGAGACCGUUUGUUGUUUAUUGGACAUUUUGGAAAUGUCUCUUGCUCAGGUAAGGAGCUUCCUGAUGGUUGUGGUUUGAGUGGGAACUCAAUUGUGUUCACUAGUGAGCCAACUUUUCCCUACAAAUAUGGAGUACAUACUGGAACAGGGGAAGAUUGUUGGAGAACCACAAGGGAGAAUCGUGUGAUGAUCUUCAAUACAGAUCCAGUUUUGGCUCUCCAAGUUGAGAAUCUCUUUUUGGAUGCUUGAGUCAUUCUGUUGGUUAGUUUU